AUGAGCGAAGUAAGAGAACCAGGGGGCGCUUCUGGGAUGCCGGUGGCAUCUGGGCAUCCCGCCACCUGGGAUGCCGCGGUGUCGUUGCCGGAGCAACCGGCGCUGGUAAUGCCCACCCCAGAGUCCACCUCUCGCCCACCCAUCACGACCGAUAAGGGUGUCUGUCCGGUGAAGGCAGAGUACUUACGUCCAGCCCCGGCGCGCGUCAGCCUUGAUGCAGAGGGUCGCACGCGCGGCAUGAACAAGGGUGCCGCGCGCGAACACUCGGAGUUCGUACAGGGCACGCAGCGCCCCACGUGGGAGGGUGAGCAGAAUUUCUUCUUCGGGGCGACGCUGCAGAAGAUCAAGAAGACCGUUCGUGAAGCGAAGCAGCGGCAACCCAAGCAGCAGCAGGAGCAGCAACGAAGCCUCGUCAGCAAGGACGGCGCUGUCCCUGCUGAGACCACGUCGGUGGAGACAACUGAGCAGACAGCAGCAGCGGUGGCUGCCGAGGAAGGUGAGCUUCUGGUAGUUGGGCAGAAGCGCGAGCGCAGUCCCUCGGCUGAGAAGGCACCCAUAACAGCAGUGCCGGCACUUGACGCGACCACGAAGUUUAACAGCGAUGAGCCGACGGCUCGCCCCUCACACACAGAGGAGAGCUUGCGCGAGGUAAUUGCGCGCCAGUCAAGCUCACGCGGUUUAUUCUCCGAGAAACUGGUACUGGCGCCACUGACCACGGUCGGCAAUCUGCCCUUUCGCCGCAUCUGCAAAUCCUUCGGCGCGGACGUCACGCUGAGCGAGAUGGCGGUGGUCUUUAACUUAAAUCGGCUGCAGAAGAGUGAGUGGUCGCUGCUGCGCCGGCACGAGAGCGAGGACAUCUUCGGUAUCCAACUGGCCGUCUCUCGCCCGCAGGAAGCAGCGACCUUUGCGCAGGUGUUGGAGGCGUCGGGUUUCUCAUACGACUUCCUCGACAUUAAUUGUGGCUGCCCGGUGGAGAAGCUUGUGAAGUCUGGCUGCGGCUGCGGGCUUUGGGAACGCACCGGGCGGCUGCGCGAUGUCGUGGAGAACUUGGCGAUUCACCAGAGCCGCCCCGUGACUAUCAAGUGCCGCAUUGGUUUCGACGAAGCAAUGCCGACUCUGCAUCAGCAAAUCCACCAGUACUCGACUUGGGGUGCCGCAGCAGUGACGGUGCACGGCCGCUCUCGCAAGCAGCGCUACACCAAGUUUGCCAACUGGGACUAUGUGGAUCAGUGUGCGCAGCUCUCCUUGUUGCCUGUGAUUGGCAACGGCGACAUAAUGUCCCUGGAGGACGUGCUGGAGCACCGGCGGAGGCAGCCGCACAUUACCUCACACAUGAUCGGUCGUGGCGCCCUCAUCAAGCCCUGGUUGUUCGAAGAGAUCAAGAGCGGCCAGGUGAAGGACAUCAGCAGCUCGGAGCGGCUAGACAUGUUGAGAGAGUUCUGUGGAUGCGGAAUGGCUCACUGGGGGUCAGACGAGCGCGGUGUCAUGGCAACGCGGCGCUUCCUGUGCGAGUGGCUGUCGUUUCUUCAUCGCUAUGUGCCGGUUGGGCUCCUGGAGCGGCUGCCCCAGCGCAUCAACGAGCGUCCGCCGUUCUACGAAGGCCGUAAUGAGUUGGAGACGCUCAUGUCCAGCGAUAGCGUGACGGACUGGAUCCGCAUUAGUGAGCUACUGCUUGGGCCUGUCGAGGAGAAGUUUCGCUUUACCCCAAAGCACAAGAGCAACAGCUACGAAAAUGCGGCUGGACUGGACGGCGACCUUCGGGCAGAAGGUUAA